AUGUCGGCGGCUACCACGACGCCUCCUACGCCGCCGACCUCGCUGCCAGCGUUCGCUCGAGUCACUUCAGCUUCAAUUCUGCAGCGAAACGCCUCGACUUCCUCGUCCCGAUCAACAACAACAAGCGAGUCGACCUCGUCACUCGUCGCCGUCCCCAUUCGGCCUCCACCGAUCCAGACCCGCACAACUGCAACACCCGAGGCUCAGCUACCAUCCGAAGGCGCGCCCAGCUAUGAUCUUGAACCCUCCGGCGGUUACUACGGAGGUCGUGGUUUCAUGCACAACGGCCCUCGCAUGGCUCGACAGGCGACCAUGCCCGUUCACAACUCCCUCCCGCACCUGAUCACUGACGACGUCAGCAUGCCGGAGCGCAGCGUCUCAGUUCCCCCUAACGCUUCAAGAAGCCCCACGACUCCGAGAGCGUCGCACCGGUCCCUUGACACCGAAUCGGCGCCCCAGUUGCCACUGCCUGUUUCCCCCGGGCCAUUGUCGUUAGGCUACGAUGACAGUAGUGAUAGCAGGAGUGAGGAGAAGAGCGAAGCUCGAAGCGACGCUCUCACCCCCAGCCGAGGUCGCCAAGGCGAUUCAUGCCCGCCGACCCCUUCCACUGCUCGGUCAGGAGCACACCGGAGGGAUCACAGCGCCGACUCCAGUACUGUCGCUCCCAGCGAGCGCACCGAGCGUGAACGUCGUCCAAGCCACGCGUCCGCCAAUUCCGCCGCGUCGAGCGCGCGAGCUCGGCCGUCCACUCGUGACUUCAUCCUUGGGGAAGAGCUCGGCCGCGGCAGUUAUAGUACUGUCGUCCACGCCGUCUACUCCCCGUCGUUCCUCGCCAACAACCCGCGCCCAGCAAACGCUCAGUUUGCCAUCAAGAUCAUGAACCAAGCACACCUGAUUCAGGAGAAGAAAGCCAAGUACGCUCACAUCGAACGGGACGCCCUUAUCCGUCUCGCUCAACCAUCCCGGAACCUUGGUGUGCGGGGGCAUCAGCGAGGCUUAUCAAGCUCUUCUGGCCACAGCGGUGUUCUCCGCAAAAGUGGCCACGGCGCGCCUUCUGUCGGCACAAGCCUGCCCACCAUUGGUGUGAGUGAAGUGCCGUCCUCCUCACUCGUAUCUCCCACGCCAAUGUCCCCGCGAAUGUCGACUUCCCGCCGGCUCCGUGGAGAUGGACAAGAAGUCUUGGACGAGCGCCCUCCGCCAAGUGUUUUCUCGAGCCGGCCGCCGUCGCCUGUGCAGGAAGAAGAGGACGGCAGCUCUGACACGGGAAAUCUGUCUGAGUCACUCUCCUCCUCGGGCGGCCGAGAUACCGCCCCCGAGAUCAGUGCCGGGAGCGCCGGUGAGCGUGCCCGCACACCUCGCAAGCGUCGUCAGUCGCUGGCUCCCUCGGAGCGCAGCACUCGUAGUGCACGCAGCGGCAAGUCCACGGCUGGAUCAGUUGUCGUCCAGCAGGGCCAUCCCGGCAUUCUUACGGUAGACUUUGUUCUCGAGUACGCCAGCAACGGAGAGUUAGCACAGAAGAUCCGCAAGUUUGGCUCCCUCGACGUCAACUCUGCACGCUACUAUGCUGCGCUGCUCAUCGACACGCUCGACAUCCUUUUGGACGACGAGAUGCGUAUCAAGGUGACAGAUUUCGGAUCGGCAAAGAUCCUCGGCCGGAAUGGAGAGAAGGAGUCGACGAGCAAGCGCUCCUUCGUUGGAUCUGCUGACUAUGUCAGUCCAGAGGUCCUUCGCGACGAGCCUGCCUCGUUCGCCUCUGAUAUCUGGGCUUUCGGUGUCGUUUUAUACGACUUUAUCUACGGAAAGUCACCAUUCCGUAGCGCCACCGAGUUUCUCACAUUCCAGAAGGUCCUGAAAAGAGAGCUGUCUUUCCCGGAAGGUUUCGACGAAACCGCCCGUGAUCUCGUGGAACUUGCACUCAAUCUGGACCCGACCAAGCGCCCUACCGCUCAGGCCCUCAAGUCGCAUCCCUUCUUUGCUGGCAUCGACUGGAAUAAUCUGUGGUCUAUUCCUGCGCCAAAGAUGCACACUGGCAUUACGCCUCCCGUCAAGACGCUCGACACUGUUCAGCUCAGCUCAGACGCCUGGACCGUGUUCGACGAGGAGGAGUCGGAGCACGAAGUGCUCGAGGAGUCGGGAGCGACACCCGCCAACCCGCGCGAACCUCAGUACGACCGAGUUGCCGCCGCCAAGGCCGUCCGCGCUGUCGAUAAUCAAGAUUCGUCGCCGCGCUCAUCGGACGACAUCUACCAGCCUCCUCGCCCUGGCUGGCUUGACGAGGAAGGAGUGCCUCGCCAAAACUUCAGAGAGCACAAAGCACGCGGGUGGUCAACGAGCUCCAGCUCGAGCGGUGGACGGCUUAGCGGUCUUCUCGAGACCAUGGGAAUCAACCCUGCCUACAACUCGCCUGGCCACCGUGCAACUUCUAACAGGGGUGGCCCGAGUCGUGCCAGCGGUCGCAGUGACGACCAAUCGCUUGGCCAUUCGGGAGUCUAUCCGCGCAGCCCUCGCAGCCCCCGUUCCCCUCGCAUGCGAAACCCGAACGACGCAAAGUGGGGACUGGGCGUUGCUACCGCAGACAACAGCCGAUGGACUCCUGUGCUUUUCCCUCACGAGCGUGUAGUGCUCUCGACGCCGAUCCUUGCAAAGCCCUCGAACGGCACACUUCCUUCCUUCCUACUGCCGCCUUCUAAACGCCGCCAGCUCGUGCUCACCGACUUCCCGCGCCUGCUUGUCAUCAAAGAGGACGAGCAUACCCAUGCGCCCAAGAUCAAGACCGAGUUCUUCUUCGUGACGCAUCCGAAGAGCAUCAAGAUCGCUGCUCAACUGCGCAAGGACGGAAAUGGCCCUGCUACUGGAGAGGAUGACGACCGGCCCGUGAACGUCAUCCUCGAGCUGCACGAGAAAGGAAACCGCAUGUUCCUGCUCCAGACUGUAGGUUAUUCGGACGUUCAUGAGUACUAA